AGGAGUACUUUAAUCUUGCAAAACUAGCAAAACCACAUAUAGAGGGUGUAAUAGCUAAUUAGCUUGUAAGAGAUGGCUUCCUCUGUGAUUUCAUCGGCGGCCGUUGCCACAGUUAACCGCACCCCGGCACAGGCCAACAUGGUUGCGCCAUUCAACGGCCUCAAGUCUACCUCAGCUUUCCCGGUCACCAGAAAGGCUAACAAUGACAUUACUUCCAUUGCAAGCAAUGGCGGAAGAGUUCAAUGCAUGCAGGUGUGGCCUCCAACAGGAUUGAAGAAGUUCGAGACUCUUUCUUACCUCCCAGAUCUCACUACCGAGCAAUUGGCCAAGGAAAUUGACUACCUUCUUCGCAUGAAGUGGGUUCCUUGCUUGGAAUUCGAGUUGGAGAAAGGUUGGGUCUACCGCGAGCACCACAGGUCCCCAGGGUACUAUGAUGGACGCUACUGGACUAUGUGGAAGCUACCCAUGUUUGGAUGCACUCAGGCAUCUCAGGUGCUGAUUGAGCUCGAGGAGGCGAAGAAAGCUUACCCUAACUCCUUUAUCCGUAUCAUUGGAUUCGACAACGUUCGUCAAGUGCAGUGCAUCAGUUUUAUCGCCUCCAAGCCAAAAGGUGUCUAAGUCCCAAGAUUUGACGAGUCCCUAGCUAUCUGUUAGGGUUGCUUUGUUCAAAGUGUACCUCUGGCAAAAAGAUCGUUGCUUUUCCUUUUUUUAUUGGGUUUUUGAAGAUCAAUAUUCUACUUUGUUUUUGCUUUCUGGAUUCGGAUGCUGAAUCGAACGCUGAGACUAGUUGAAUAAAAAGUUGUUUAUUUUUAAUU